AGGUGCAUAUAGUUCUUUUGAGGCACGUUAUCACACUCACUUUAGUGUAUAUAUUUUACGUUUUAAAGAGGGUUUGACGCUUACUAUUAUAGUUUCUUAGUAUAGCUAUUGUUUUUACUACUACAAUAAAAGCAAGUGAUAGAAGAGCAGGAUGUACAAAAAAGCUGAUUUACACGCUACUGAGCAGGUUUCUGUCGCGGGGGAAGAUCAGAAGAAAAAAAGCGUAGAGAUUAAUACCUUCAAUAACGCAAAUCCGAUGUCCAUUUUACAGACGGCAUAUGCCGUGCUGGAUCUUCCAAAGAAUGAUGAAGUGUGGUCAGCCUGGUAUAACGAAACCGAUGACGCCUUCAACGAUUUCAAGAGCUUUCAACCGGACAUCCCUACCGGGGGGUCGUUUGUGCCUGGAAGUGGAGGCUCCAUGCGUACACUAAGCGCGCGCCAAAUCAGCGGCCAGUUUGAAGAAGAGGUUGCCAAGUCUUGGGAGGAUGACUGGGAGGAUGAGGACAUCGAUGACACCUUUGACUGCAUUAUGGGUCAGAUAUCUCACUACGAAACAUCCGUGGCGGCGGCGUCUAUGGAAUAGGCUGAAUUCAGAGCGUGAGGCUAUGAGGUGGGGGUAAACCGAGGGGAAAGGUAUGGGUGCAGUCCUGUUUUAUUGUUAUUGUUUAUGGUUGCAAAGCUUUGUUUGCAUAAACUGAUUGUUAGGAAUAAAUAGACGUACGGAAGGUGGCCUUGCAUUCGAUUCAUUAUUACAAUUUAUAAAGUCUAACCUACGUGUCUGUGCAGGAGUCAUCACAAACGAUGUGAAAUUGUGCUCCUUUAAUAAAGAAGGGGUGAUUUGUGUUUCACAUCUUUUGAGAA